AUGCCUCGAGAAUCCGGAUCAGUACAACAGGAUGUGGCGACUUUUAAGCAUCUCUUCGCCUUCAUGCAGUGGCGACAUGGGGGGUUUCUCGCUCUCGCCAUUGUAGCAGCCUGCGCCUGCGCUGCAAUCCGAACGGUUUACGCGAUUGCCUUGGGCCAGGUCUUCCAGAUCAUCACAGACUACGGUAGCGGUAUUGCGAGUCCGCCAGAUACACUCUCUCAGAUAUCCAAGUGGUGCAGCAUCAUCUGCUAUCUUGGAGUGGGAGCGCUGAUUGCCAAUUCCAUUCUCAUGACGACCUGGGUAAUCUUUGGCGAGCUUCAAGCUAGAAGUGCCAGGGAGGCAACAUUUCACGAUCUUCUGUACCAAAAAGUGAGCUGGUACGACGGACAACCCGAGGGGACGCCCGGCAUGCUUGUGAGGAUCGAAUCACAAGUUCGAGAGCUACAGAUGGCAACAUCUCAAGUAUUCGGCUUUUUGGUGGUCGACGUCAUCGCCUCCAUCGCAUCUCUGGUCGUCGCAUUUGUUCUCUCCUGGCAACUGGCUCUGGUUUUGAUCUCGACCGUCCCUUUGUCCAUCGUCGUAUUCUACCUUGCAAACCGAGGGCUUGGAUUGGCCAUCAAUAAUCAAAAACAGCAUCUCACCCAGGCAUCGAAGCAUGCCAAUGCCUCAGUCACCGGCAUUGAUCUAGUCAAGAUAUACGACGGCUUCAACCAGGAGGUGUGGCAGUACCACAAUACGAUAAAGGCCGCGGAGAAGCAGUAUCUGAUACAGUCUCGAUGUAAUGCUGUUCAGAUUUCUUACAUGCAGUGUUGGAUCUCGGCCCUGUUCGUUGCUGGGUUCUGGUUUGGUCUUUGGCUCGUUACAAGGGGGGCGAACGCAGCGCAAAUUCUCACUACGUUCUACGCAAUUUUGACGGCCUUGCAGGGACUCUCCAAUGCGAUCCCACAAUGGCUGGUUCUCGUCAGAGGCAUGAGUGCCGGCCAGUGUCUGAAGAUGAGCAGUAAUCCUGGAGGCAAAAGACCGUCGGAAGAGAGGCUCGGUUUUGCCCCCAGACGAUGCAUGGGUGACGUGAGCUUCGCCUACCCGUCGAACCCAGCGGAGACUAUUCUCAGGAAUACUUCAUUACACUUUGCUCCCGGUCGGACCAGUUUCAUUGUUGGGAAAACGGGUUCAGGAAAGAGCACCAUCGGCAGCUUGCUAGUGAACUUCUAUGACCCUUCAUGCGGGGAAAUACUCAUCGAUGGCCGCCCCAUUGAGGCAGUGAAGAAAAGUUGGCUCCGACAGAACGUGACUCUACUUCAGCAGUCCAGUAUCGUCCUCAAAGGCACGUUUUUCGAAAAUGUUGCCAUCGGCCAUUCAAUUCCAGACCAUGUCUCGAUGGAGGAGGUGAGAAGAGCCUGCGACAUGGCUCUUCUUCAAUCAACAGUGGCGGCUUUGCCCAACGGAAUGGAGACUUGGAUUGACUCCUUUGGAAGCAGUCUCAGCGGCGGACAAAUACAGCGCCUUGCCCUGGCUCGAGCCAGACUGAGGGAUACCCCAGUUCUCAUUCUUGACGAAGCCACGAGUGGACUGGAUCAGACUAGCAAGCAUCUGAUCAUGGAGGCCGUUCGAACAUGGCGCAAGGACAAGACGACAAUAGUCAUUACCCACGAUCUAUCGCAGAUUGGAGAAGACGAAUAUGUCUACGUUCUGGACAAAGGCUGUAUCGUGCAGGAAGGCACCUGCAAAACGCUGUCAAGAGAGUUUGGCAGCGUGUUCGCGCAGAUGUAUUCGAAUUCGAACGACGGACCGCACAAAGAAACGAAUCACAUACGCAACGACACUUCGAAUAGCGGACUUGACUUCAAAAGGAACGAAUUUGGAGGUAACAGCAAUUCUUACGGUUUGGGUCAGAUGAGCUCAGGAAGCCCUUCUCUUUGGCGCACCUCGAUCGAGGCCAGCUCGGCAUACACACACCGCUGGGGAUUGAAUGCUGCUCGUCGAAGAUCCUAUGCCGCGUUUAGUCAAUCAGCGUUCCCCCGAGAAAGUGUCUACGAAUCGUCAGAAUGGGAGACAAUCAGGGGUUCAUUUUUUGAGCAAGAGUCCCCAGCACUCCAUGAUGAUUCGACUAUGGGAGCUGUUCCGAGUGCAGGUCACGCCAUACAGCUCUCAAGAGGUACCUCGACCUCUACGCGACGUCAUUGGAAUGAUUCCGAAGCCGCCACUUCUAACGAGCCCGAGCAAACCAGUUCCAAGAUAGAAGUGAAAGUCACCAGAAGCGACAACGAGGGAACUGAGGCGAAGUCCUUGGGCAGCAUCUGCCAGACCGUGUGGCCGAAGUUGUCCAGUAAAGACCGACUCCGGCUGAUCGUGGGUCUGGUGUCAUGCGUUGUUGCUGCCGCGUGCAAUCCGGCAUUCUCUUACUGUUUUGCUCGGCUACUGGCCACAUUCUGGGACACGAAAGACCAACUAGGUGCAAGCAAAGUCUGGGCGAUCUACAUGAUCAUCAUUGCCAUCGUCAGUGGAGUCUCAAUGUACCUCGAGCGGUAUUUCAUGGAAGCUGUAGGCCAAGCUUGGAUCAACUCCCUCCGCCUCGAGGCCAUGAAACGCAUUCUUCGGCAGUCGAGAUCGUGGUUUGACCGGCCUGAGAACUCAGCAAGUCGCAUUAGUGGGUGCUUCGACCACGACGCAGAAGAGAUGAGAAACCUGGUCGCCCGUUUCGCCCCCAUCGUUCUGAUGGUAGCCGUCAUGGUCACAAUCUCAACCGCUUGGUCUCUUACGAUAUCCUGGAAGUUGACUUUGGUCGCGACCUCUGUGGCACCUGUCAUUCUCGCUACAAUCAAGGUUUUGUCCUACACCAGCACCAAGUGGGCCUCGACCUGCGACGAAGCAGCGACAAAGACUGCUUCGUUCGUUCGAGAAUGCAUCGCCAACAUUCGGUUCACCAGGGCUUUCACUCUGGACGAGUACUUUAGGAAACGGCAUGAGAAGUCGGUCAAAUCGACUUACAAGCUCGGGUGGGAAAGGGGAUGGAGAUUAGGACCACUUUUCGGCCUGAAUCAGUCGACCAACUACUUCAUCAUCGCGCUCGUCUUCUGGUACGGUAACUAUCUUUCUGUUGACCAAGCCGAAAUGUCGCCUGCCAACCUCCAGCAAGUUGUCAACUUACUCCUUUUCUGUGUCGGCCAGGCAGGAUCAAUGGUCAAUCUGAUACCGCAAGUCUCGGCUUCGCAAGCAGCCGCAAGUCGCAUGUUACGUCUAGCAACUACUUCAACCGACAUCUCGACUCAAGCUCCCAGCUCUCGACUACUCAACUCGCUUUUCCCAAUCAAGAUGAGCAACCUCGACUUCGCGUACCCGUCACGCCCGGAACAACAAUCGGAGCUUCGGGAUGCGGCAAAAGCACGAUACUUUCUCUCUUGCUGGGAUUGUAUGGACCCUCCCCACGACUUCCGACGACCAGUACCAGCUCUUCCAGUUUUACUUGCGCAGGAGUCCCAGUCGACCGACAAUCAGCUUUACAAGCAUCUCAGGUUCUCCACGAUGGAUGAGAUCCAGAACAAGAAUGGUGGCGAUAGCAAUGACCACGGCCGUGGUGAUGGCGCUGACACUGCCACUGACGGCGGACACAUCGUCUUCGUCACCGAGACGCCCAAACUCAACGAGGCUAAGCCGUCCAAGAUCAAGUCUGUCGAUUGGCACAGCGGCGGAGGCAUUGUAACUCGCAUCGGAGAGGGCACCACCAUACGCACAAUUGUCAAGACCACAUCGGUCUCUGAGAGUAUUCGGACGUACUCGGAUACUCCCCAGACGACGACGACCAUGAAGACGCAGACGGGGAUCACUGAGGGAGUCACCACUUGGUUUACCGACAUGCCGACGGCCACUCGUAGCGUAGGUUCCACCAACCUGCCUUGGACCACAACUACCAUCCCCACGACCACCGGGGGCUCAGCACCUGACGGCGAUGACAAGCCAGAACACGAGCUGACCCCAAUCAUUGGCGGCUCUGUUGGUGGAUUUUUGCUCUUCAUGUUUCUCGUUGGCGGACUCACUGGCUUAUACAAGCUCAAAAGGACGAAGAAUCAAGUCGUCGUCGUCGACUUCGAUGCCACGGCCGGCGCUGGCAGCCACUCUGCGCCUCAGCACGCGCAUGAGAGUUAUAAUAUUGGCCAGCGUCCACAGACAGCCAUGACUAUUGGAGCCAAUGCCGGUGAGUCUCAGGCCGGUCCGUCUCAGGCCGGUCCGUCUCAGGCCGGCGCUUCUCAGGCCGGCGACCGCGAACAGCAUCUCCACCAUUCGCACCAGCCCAUGAUCGCAGAGCUGCCUGCGGAUACCAGCUACUGCCGGAAGCUGCGCGAGUCUCACAAUGAGUCUGUUUAG